AUGGAUAAUGCUCUGUUAGCUCUUUCCCUAAAAGAUGAUGAUGAAGCUCCUUACAACCUACUUGAUCUUCCUCAAUAUUAUGCUUCAGAACGAAAUGCAUGCAGUCUAAUCGGGCGUCUUCUCAACCCGGAACAUCAGAACAUGGCGAAUCUUAUCCUUGACAUGCCGAGAAAGUGGAAGAUCGUCAAUCGUGUUAGAGGAAUAGCUCUCACCAGAGAAAGAUUCCAGUUCAUCUUCUUGCAUGCGUAUGAUCUUCACGAUGUCCUUGACAAAGGCAUGCAAACUUACUGUGACUGGGAUCUAGCUAUUGAAAGAUGGGUUGAAAGGCCUCCACCGGGAUAUCUACAAUACGUUUCAAUCUGGGUCAGAAUAAGGAAUAUUUCGGUCAACCAUUAUAUAAAACCUGCUAUCGAAGAGCUUGGUGGUUUGAUCGGUCAUGUGGAAAUGGUAGCUUUCGAUCCAGAAAAAUCUCAAAGACAAGACUAUGUUCGAGUCAAGGUUCGGAUUGAAGUUAACAAACCCCUCAAGCGAUCAAGGGUCUUAAACUUGCCUGGAGGAGAUCAAACUACUAUCUACUUUUUCUAUGAAAAAGUGCAGAAGAGGUGUACUCACUGUCAAAGACUCACACAUGCAAAGGAUAUAUGUCCUUUUCUGGUCAACUCUCUUAACAUGCAAGCGGCUCCGGUUUCAAAUCAACGACCUUCUCUUGAUACAAGGAACCCGACAGUCUUAUCUGAGGAUGAUCCCCUGUUUGGAGUUCUACAAGAAGAUCAAGUGGGCAUCAAUCCCAUAUCGGGUCGUCCUCGCAUAGCUCGGAAGUUAAGAAAUGCGUAA